UGGAAAGUCAGCCAGUAACAUUUGGUAAAAUGAUUCGACUGAGUGCGGUUCUAUUGAUGCUCGGAUUGGCAUGCUUCGAAUUUGGUAAUAUUGCAGCCGAAUGUGCUGAGCCCACUAUGGGAUUAAAUAGUCUUCUGCAAUUGGAGGCGGUGCUGGUGAAGCACUUGGAGUCUUAUGUGGACAAGGUGCAGAAUGAGCAAGAGACGAUUUCAAGUUACUUGACCGACAUCGACAAUUUGCACGAGCAUAUGAAUAGUACGGAGGAGUACUAUGGUAAUCCAAUCAACGCGUUCUUGACCAUUAAUCGGUUCGCCAGCCUCUGGAAGCAUGAGAUAUUUGAUGUGUUGCUGGCAAACAAUACGCAUAGCGAAUACAUUAAUGCGAUCGAUAGCGAGAUGGAUAAAAAGAAACUUAGAGGACCCACGAAUGAGGAUCUCCUCAUCGCCGCUGGCAAUCUAUUGGAUAUGCAGGAGCUCACAGGCAUUCCCACCUCAGAGCUAGCCAACGAAGUUGUGCUGAGGGAUUUCUAUACUGACAAGAAUGUGACUCUGAGCGCCAGCGAAUGCUACGAAAUCGGAAGAAGUUUUUAUGACCUGCAGAGCUAUGAAUAUGCAGCUCAGUGGCUACAGCAGGCACGCAAGCGUGCAUCUCUGGAAACCUCGGCGAGUGCCAGUAAAAUACAUAUUCUGGAACACCUUGCUCUGGUAUACAAGAAGCUAAACAACACCAAGCUCGCUUAUAAGCUCACAAACGAAAUUCUAAAACUCGAACCGACCAAUCAGGCAGCCCUCAAUACUAAAACCUUGCUACAAACGGAGCUGCUGCUCGAUCGCAUAAGGAUAUCAAAGGUAACGGUGGAUGAGCAAACGGAUGAGAACCACUUAGAGCUUUAAUGGCAAUUGAUUUCACGAAUAAAAUUGAUAUCUAAUUGAAUAUAUUGUUAUUAAAUUAAACUAUGUAAAGUUGUGUAUGUAAAGUUGAGUGUUUCAGCAGAGAUAAAAUUUGUUGGACAAUGUGUUAAAAUUAAUAUUAAAGUCAGAAAUAUAUAGCAGCGUAAUAUAAACAUUAUAUCAAUAAAGUGCAUAUACAUAUAUACGUAUAUAUAUGUAAGACAAUAUGUAUUCCUGACAUACCCUAUUCAAAUAAACUCAAAAUGGGGAAAAAGGUAAACAAUACAAAUAUUUUCCGAGCAAUAAAAUCAAUUUUAUUUUACAUAUA